CCUUCAACCUCCAUAUAUUUCAAAACCCAUAUCCUUCUCCUCCUCCUCCUCUUCCUUUUCAUGAUUUCCCAGAAAAUUAUUUUUAGUUUUCCAUAUUAAUUAUGUCAUGUUCAAGAAAAACCCUUCACCACCAUCCUUUUAAUUUAUGGAAGUUCCUAGUCUCACCCACAAUCAAAGCCGUAGAUGUCUUUUCUCUCACCAUUAAAUCCACUCUGGCUCUUUGCUCCGUCGCUUCCAUCUCUCUCAUCCUGUGCUUUGCUUUCUCAAAUUACUCCCAUUUCCCCCUACCCCAUAUUAACACAGUCACCAACUUUAACCAAAACGGCAGCUUCUCGAUCGAAGGUCACGAACAGACAAAUAUAUCCCACAUUUUGUUUGGCAUCGGAGGCUCGGUGAAGUCAUGGAACAAACGCCGACACUACAGCCAGCUGUGGUGGAAGCCUAACGUCACCCGCGGGUUCGUCUGGCUUGACGAAAAACCCUUCCCCAACAUGACGUGGCCAGAGACGAUCCCGCCGUACAAAGUCUCCGAGGACACAUCACGGUUCAAAUACUCCUGCUGGUACGGUUCCCGGUCCGCGGUUCGCAUUGCCAGAAUCGUAAAGGAAAGCUUCGAGUUGGGGUUGCCAAACGUGAGGUGGUUCGUUAUGGGAGAUGAUGAUACGGUGUUUUUCACUCACAACUUAGUUUCGGUGUUAGCGAAAUACGAUCACAAUCAGAUGUACUAUAUUGGCGGGAACUCGGAGAGCGUGGAACAAGAUGUGACACACUCGUACACUAUGGCCUACGGCGGAGGCGGGUUUGCUGUUAGUUAUCCAUUGGCUGCUGAGCUUGUUAAGAUUUUAGAUGGGUGCAUCGAUCGAUAUGAUAAAUUCUACGGCUCAGAUCAAAGGAUUCAGGCUUGUUUGAGUGAGAUCGGAGUGCCCGUAACAAAAGAACUCGGGUUCCACCAGCUUGAUAUACGCGGAAGCCCAUACGGUUUGCUAGCGGCACACCCGGUGGCCCCACUAGUGUCACUCCACCAUUUGGACUAUCUGGAGUCAAUAUUUCCAAACCUAAAUCGGAUUGAUUCGGUGAAAAAGUUGGUCAGCGGGUAUAAAGUGGAUCCAGGUCGGAUCCUGCAGCAAAGUUUUUGUUAUGACUUGAAUCGUAAUUGGUCUGUUUCAGUGUCUUGGGGUUACACUGUGCGGUUGUAUCCGUUUCUAGUGACUGCUAAGAAGUUAGAAACGGCGGUAGAGACGUUUCGGACGUGGAGGAGUUGGGACGCUGGUCCGUUCACAUUUAAUACCCGACCCAUCAGUUCAGACAAGUGUGAGAGACCAGUUGUUUUUAUGUUGGAUCGGGUUGAGAGUGUUGAUGGGGGUAAAACCUUGACUGGUUACAAGAGGUACAGUAUGGGAAAAGAGGAAAAAGAUCGUCCUAAAUGUAACUACACUAGUGCUUUGGCAGUUCAAUUUUUCAACGUCUCAGCUCCCAAAUUCAACCCUGACUUGUGGAAUAAGGCACCACGUAGACAAUGCUGCGAGAUCAUCAAUGGCACAGAUGGAGCUGACAACGUUGUAAAUGUCCAAAUUAGAGGCUGCAAGCGCUUUGAGAGUGUCUCUCCUCAUUAG